UUUUUUUUUUUUUUUUUUUUCUACUGUAUCCGCGUUUGUUUUCAUUUUCUUCAUUCGUCCUUGUAUUUGUAACACAGAAAUGCAUAUCGUGAGAUAUGUGCUCCAAUCCAUGGCGCCCGCUCUGUUAUUCAUUAUCGUCUCUAUACCUACCAAACGACGAUCCCUGUUUCAAGAGCUCAUCCUUUUAAGUCUGUGGUUAGCCGGUCUUAUCACUCCCAUUUACUAUGCGGGUCAAUUUUCCUACAUCAGCUCCAUCAGUGUUUCCGUUUGGUGCUGGGCAACCGGUUUAAAGAUGGCGGUAUGGUUGUUCUGCAUGAGCAUGGACGAACGUAGAAAACGACUGUUCUUGUGGACAUUGUUUCAUUGGCGAACGCGAUCCGGGCCUUUAUCCAUUGUUGCUAAACCAGACGAAUACGUCGACUUGCCCCUGAUGCCAUACGUGUGGGACUGUGUACGGCACCAAUGUUACUUUGAACUGAUGGUCAUGUCCUUCCGCUGGCUCGAUGCUCAACGACCGAUUCACAUUUUCCAGCACGCGCUAGGGAUCGUGCUAAGUGCAUUCUAUUACCCUGGUGGAGGAGACUGGCUCCAUCAGAAUCCAACCAUUACCAUCGAUGCCGUUCUAGUGAGCUUUGGCAUGUGCAUCCUGUUCUCCAUUUACUUGCAAAUGCAGAUGCAGGUGACGUAUGACGCAUUCAUGGCCGGUUGCUGCGCUGCCUAUCGAGCAUUUCCUUAUUUGGAACAACAAUAUCCGCAGCACCAACGUCGUAUACGACAAGUGAAAGCGUAUAUCGAAGACACCGUUACCAUGCCACCCAUGUUUGAUGCCCCUUGGAGUGCCACGUCGUUGCGCGAUUUUUGGUCGCACCGCUGGCACAAGUUUUAUCACGAUUCCUUUUAUCGCCUUGGGUUUGUGCCCGUACGAAGAACUUUGGAUUGGAUUGGUGGACCUCAUGUACCGCGAUCGUUGCGCCGUAUCUUGCCUGCGUUGGCCGUCUUUUGCUUCAGUGGAAUAAUGCACGAGUAUUUCCUCUAUUGUGCAGCCGGGCCUAAACUCUAUUUUGGGAGCCCUCUUGGCGCGGGGGGCUGGCAACUGAUAUUUUUCGUGGUUCAAAUUUUUGGUAUCAUUAUUGGCGAUCUGUUUUUCCAUGAAGGCUGGGCUGGGUCGCUGUGGGCGAUUGCAUACAUGGUGUUCACGUCUCAUUUAUUCGUCGUACCUUAUUUGUUGCUGGACAACUUCUCUUUUGCUAUCGUCAGCAUGACGCUCAAAGCUUUUUUACAAUAAAAUGAAACACUGCCAUGAUUUUGUCAUUUA